AUGCUCGUAUCGAAGACUAAACAUCUAUUAUUGGUUGCUGUAAUAUUUGUUUCGGUCCUUGGAAAGUCAAAAAAGAAGAUCAUAAUUGACACUGAUGGAGUUUAUGACGACGUGCGUUCACUUAUCAUAGCGUUAACCAACAAAGAUUCCGAGGUUGUGGGCAUUACGACAGUGCACGGAGGAGUUUCCGUUGAGCAAGCGACGGCAAAUAUUGUCAGGACUCUUCGCGCAACAAAUUGUAGGAACAUUCCAGUCUUUCGCGGAGCCAAUGAUUCGCUAGUUCCAAAGGGUCCUAUUGAAGUGUGGCAAGAAUUAUACGGGUCCGAUGGAAUCGGAGAUGUUCCUAACUCCGUUCCAAAGGCUGAAGAAGAGGAUAAUACUCGAAUAGCUAGGCAAUCUGCCGUUGAAGCUUUAUUGGACCUUACAAAACAAAAUCAGAAUGUAACACUUGUGUGCCUGGGUCCACUUACAAAUAUUGCGAACGCAAUCAAAAAUGAUUCCACGUUCGUUCAAAGAUUAGGCGGUCUAGUUCUAAUGGGCGGUAAUUAUUUGGCUGUGGGAAACACAUUAAACAAUUCAACAGCCGAGUUCAACUUUCUAAUGGAUCCCGAGGCUGCUCAAAUUGUUCUCUCCUCGAUUCAUUCAACAAUUAUUCCAUGGGACACAUCGUUUUUCAAGGGACCAGAAUACGCCAAACUUGUUGAUUAUGAGGCAUCUUUAAAGCUUCCAACACCGUUAUCAAGGUUUUUGAAUGAUAUAACAAAGAAGGGUAAAGAGUUCAAUGCGAUCAACGGACAACAGUACGCAUUCGUCGAUGAUAUUGCCGUGGCUGUUGCGAUUAGCGAGAAAGUUGCACUAAAAAAAGUUUCACUGUAUGCCAACGUUCAGUUAGAGAAAUCUAUAACAAGGGGCCAGGUUACUAUUGACUGGCUUGGCACAUCAUAUAACCCGAAUAGCAAACAAUUCGAAGCAUCUUCGAAGAAAAAUGAAGCUAAUUGGUUAUCUCACGAGUUUGUCACUGAAUACGACGUGGUCGCCAUCAACGAGAUGCUAAUUUCCGCGCUAAAAUUUUCAGAGUGUACUGUUGUGAAAAAGCUAGAAACUCAUGGAGUUGUGUUUGAAGGCAUGCAAUCGCCUAAUUCGGAAGCCGGCAAAUUCUCGAAAGUGUUCAUAUUAAUGUUAAUGAUGAUGACGAUACAAAUGCUUGAACUCUGA